AUGUUCAACUCUUGGUUCAACGCCAAGCAAAAGUAUAUUCGAUCAAUGAGCUUGCAUCUCGAAUGCCCGGCUGUCUACGAUGCUCACGAGGGUCUCUGCCACUUGUCUACCGCAUUGCCUAAAUCCUUGCUACUGCAACGUCUGGAAGUGCGAAUGCUCCUCACUGGUCUUGGAACUCAUCACGGAGGCUUGGAAAGGGACAAAGAAUUGAUGUUGAGAUGUCUUAGAAUGUUCCUGCGGGGUGGCCUGAGCAAAGGCAAGGUUGAGCUGCUUGUGUUGCAUCUGCCGGAAGCUAUGAAAGCGAUCGUGGAAGGCGAUAAACAAGGCGAUGCUACGAUUUGGGAAAAUGUCGAUUGCCAGUUUGAACCUGACGAUGGGUUUGUUAAUGAUGACAAUCGCCCAGAAGAAGAAGCUCCGGAGUCCGACGACGAGAACCAUGGCCUUUAUAUCUUUCCCACACAAGGGGACUUCUAA